GUCCAAUUGGUCAAGUUAUUAACUUAAUUAUUAUUUUCCUAAAAAAAAACAAAAACUUAAUUCUUAUUUGAUUACACAUUAAAUAUCUUUCUAAUGAGUUGAUAAUCCGUGCAAAACAAAGAGCAUCCGCUCGCUCAGUCCUCACUCCUCAGUCCUUCACUCUUUGCUGUGGUCAUUGGCAAAACAACAAAACACAUUUCUUCAGUCUUCAAAAAUAUCAAAUUUUCGGCCAUGGCCACAGCAAAUCUUUUCUCUUCGCCUACAACUUUCAAGUUCAUUCCAACAACCCUUUACCCAUCUUCUCUUCUUCCUCUCAAAAAUCAUUCUUUUAUCUCCUUAAUUAAAUCACCCACAUCACCAAAAAGACUGAUUCUUUGUCAAUCCAAGAAAAACAAUGAUGUUGCUGAUGUCCCAGAUAGAUUAAUCUCAGCAAUUUGCUAUUUUUACCCCUUUUUUGAUGGUAUCCAAUACGGAAAAUAUGUUGUUAAUCAGUUUACCCCUCUUCAACUCCUUAUUCAACCUUUGGUUCCUGCUAUAAGGGUCUUUAAAAGCUUUCCUCUAAAUGGGGUUUUGGUAUUUUUUGCCCUUUAUUUUGUUGUUGUGAGAAACUCUAAUUUUAGUAGAUAUGUGAGGUUCAACACUAUGCAAGCUAUUGUUCUUGAUGUUCUGCUUAUUUUUCCCGACCUUUUGGAGAGGACAUUUAACCCAAAAGAUGGGAUUGGUUUGGAUUUGAUGAUGAGUUUGGAUAGUACUGUCUUUUUGUUCUUAUUGGUGAGUUUGAUUUAUGGGACUUCUUCUUGUGCAAUUGGUCAAAUUCCCAGAUUGCCUAUUGUUGCUGAAGCUGCUGAAAGGCAAGUUCUUUAACAACAUGUUUCCAUUUUCAACAGGAUUAUUCUUGUUUAAUGUGUUUAUAUGCUUGUUUAGUUACACAAUGUAUUAAAUUGUAUACUCUUGAAUUAUUGAGCUGAAGACUGUUUUGUGCUUCAGAAAAUUGCUGUAAUUUUCCUGAUAUAGAUGAAUAGAAAUAAUUAUUUGCUUUUGGAUUUA